AUGCCUGAUCUUCGUCGCCAAAUCUUUGAGAGCGGCAAGACUGUCUCGCGCAAAGCAGCCUCCCGUGAAGCGUCCCGCAACGGCUCCCGUGCCAGCUCCAAGCAGACCUCUCGCCAAGGUUCUCGAAAUGCCAGCAGACAACCCUCGGAUGAAGAAGACUCUGGAUUUACAUCUGAUGACACUGCUAUGAGCAUCGGCUCUCUCGACGAUGAGAACCCCGAAACAGAAAACCCCGACUGGGAGCAAGAGCUUGGUGAUCGCAUUCAAGAAAUUCUCGACCGAAAGCGCAGCAGUGUUCAAGGCCGCGAGGAGGCUUUACAGGCUUUCAACCGUUUGACCAAGUACCACUACACCGUGGAAGAGAUUCACGGCGCUGUUCCUGAUCUUCUGGCUGCAUUCGCUCGCAGCGUCCGCACUGAAGCCAGUACCCGCGAAGCGACUCUUGCACUGCGUGCGAUUGAAUUGCUCGCAAUCUCAGCCUUUGACAACACCAUUUUUGAAAAUGCUGAGCCUUUGCUCACUCGCACCAUCCGCGACGCUACGUCUCCCGUUAUCAAGACAGCUGCUAUUCACUGUCUGGGCGCGUGCACCGUUUUCGGAGGUGCAGGUGAAGGUGGCAUUCUCGAACAAAUGACCUUCCUCCUCGAUAUCAUUGCCUCUGAUGGACAAUCUGUUGAAGCUACCGAUGAUCCUACUGUUGUGACUGCUGCAAUUCAGCAGUGGGGAUUCCUUGCAACGGAGAUUGAUGACUAUGAGAACGAGAGCGAAGAAGCCGUCCAGAUUUUCAUGGACCAGCUAGACAGCGCCAGUUCCGAGGUCCAGAUCUCAGCCGGAGAGAACAUCGCCCUUCUCUAUGAGAAGAGCUACACCCCUCAAGAGGAUGACGAUGACGAGGAAAGCGAUAACCCGGAAGAAAGCGAUGACCAGGAGGAUAACACCCCCGGUCCGAAGCUGGUGAAGCGCUACAACGCCUACCACAACACUCCCGAGCUGGAAGACCAACUCCAAAACCUGGCCACAAUCCACCACAAGCGCAUCAGCAAGCGCGACAAGAAAUCCCUGCAUAGCAACUUCGCCUCGAUUCUCACCACGGUUGAGAAUCCACGCCGCGGACCCCGCUACAACACAGCCAUCGACCAAGACACCAACCGUCACUACGGCAGCACUCUCACUGUCAAAAUCGGCCGCCAUGGCAUCAUGAGCAUCGACCGCUGGUGGAAAUGGGUCCGAUUGACUGCUCUGCGCCGCGUUCUCCAGGGUGGCUUUGCGGAGCACUACUUCCAGGGUAACCGAGCUGUUCUCAACAGUCUCCCUGUUAUGAUGCGUAUGCCAGAGCAGGGAUCUGGGUCUAAUGAUCGUCAGGGCGCGCGGAAGGCGGCUAAGAUGCGUAACUCGCGCCGCUGGACUGCUCAGCAUUCGGAUGACGAUGAUGAAUAA